CACAGAUAAGAGCGCGGCGGCGCGGCGCUGAGAACUGGCCGCUGCCUGCUCCGCUGCCGCAGCCUCGCGCCCCGCAGUGCCGCCUAGUCCCCGCGUACCCCGGCCGGCCGAGCAGCGGACCCCGCGGCAGGGGCCAUGCAGCGGGCGCGUCCCGCGCUCUGGGCUGCGGCGCUGACAGCGCUGGCGCUGCUCCGUGGGCCGCCGGCGGCUCGGGCUGGCGCGGGUGCGGUGGGCGCGGGCCCAGUGGUGCGCUGCGAGCCGUGCGACUCGCGCGCGCUGGCCCAGUGCGCGCCGCCGCCGGCCGCGGCCGCGUGCUCCGAGUUAGUGCGCGAGCCGGGGUGCGGCUGCUGCCUGACGUGCGCGCUGCGCGAGGGCCAGCCUUGCGGGGUCUACACAGAGCGCUGCGGUGCCGGCCUCCGCUGCCAGCCGCCGUCCGGCGAGCUGCGCCCGUUGCAAGCGCUGCUGGACGGCCGCGGGCUCUGCGCCAACGCCAGCGCCUCCGGCCGCCUGCGCGCCUACCUGCUGCCCGCGCCGUCCGCGCCAGGAAACGGCAGUGAGUCGGAGGAAGACCACAGCCCUGGGAGCGUGGAAAACCAGGCCCUCCCUGGCACUCACAGGACGCCCGACCCCAAAUUCCACCCACUGCAUGCCAAGAUGGAUGUUAUCAGGAAGGGGCAUGCCAAGGACAGCCAGCGCUACAAGGUCGAGUACGAGUCUCAGAGCACGGACACCCAGAACUUCUCCUCCGAGUCCAAGCGGGAGACUGAAUAUGGGCCCUGCCGCCGGGAAAUGGAAGACACACUGAACCAACUCAAGUUCCUGGACAUGCUCAGCCCCAGGGGCAUCCACAUCCCCAACUGCGACAAGAAGGGUUUCUACAAGAAGAAGCAGUGCCGCCCCUCCAAAGGCAGGAAGCGGGGCUUCUGCUGGUGCGUGGACAAGUACGGGCAGCCCCUCCCGGGCUUCGAUGGGAAGGGCAAAGUCGACGUGCACUGCUACAGCAUGGAGAGCAAGUAAACUGCCCACCACUUAACGUUGAGCUCAAAUACGCCUUAUUUUGCACAAAAGACUGCCAAGGAAAUGAUCAGCAGCUGGCUACAGCCUCAAUUUAUAUUUCUUUUUGUGGUGAAUUGAUUUUUUUCUUAAACCAAAACUUAGAAAGAAAUGUUUGAAAUUCUGAGGUUUCUUCUAAACGGUGCACCUGAGCAUCUUUCCACUUUCCACUGAACCGUGAAACGCAGUUUGAUUUUUCUUGUCGCUUCCUAUAAAAAUACUUGUCAACUCCAGCACAGCACAGCUGGACCUCAUGCUGUCCUGGAAUCUCGCUGCAUUGGACCCUGGGCAUCUGGCCUUGGCGACCAGGCUUUGUCCUCCUCUGUGAAGGCCUCACCGGCUUGUAGAAAGCAGGAAACACCUGUAUCUGGGAUCUAGACACACCACCUGGAGCUCACAUCUGGGGGCAAGGGCCUGGGACCCCUGACAGGCAUUUUGUGUCUUCAAGGGACUGUAAUGUGGAGAUUCAGAGAAUAAGGCGGAGUCUUACUAGUUAUAAAACAAAAAUGACCAAGAAUGUUCUAGGGAACUUGGAGAACCUGUUGUAGCAGGCGUUUCUGACCCUCCUGCAUCGCCAGGCAGUAGGGCCUGGCAGGCCAGUGAGCAGCCUUUUCUGGUGACCCCCAGGGAGGGAGGUGGGAAGGGAUAGCACCUCAUUUCCAGGAGCAUCAGAAUUAAUGGCAGGAUUUGUGUCCUAUGUUGACCAGUUCAAGCUCCAAUCUGUUUUUGAGGAUAAGCUCCUAAAAGGCAAAGGAGGCUUAUUUUCACCCCUCGUGUCUGUCCUGUUGGCACAAUGUUUAAAAAAUGAUAAUUGUAUCUGACGAGGAAAGAGGAAUGGUUUCUUGAGGAGCCCACAUGGGAUCCUGGGAGCACACAGAGUCGCCCCUACUUUUCUUCCUGAUUCACCUAUUUACACAGAUAAUACAUUUUUCAUCAACUGUUACCAUUGUAUGUGUCACAGUCCCAAUGCAAUAGGACCUGUACUAGAGGAUGUUAGCAAGGUUGCUGAGGGUCAGCAUGGCCAGGGGCUUGCACACCAGCCUGCUGUGUCCCCCCUGGGGCCAGCUCUCCAGGUCUGGGGGUGGCGGCAGGGACCCUAGGAGCCUCCAGGUUGGAUGCACAUCGCACUCAGCCCUCCUUGAGAACACAAAGGGUCUCCAGACAUUCUGCCUACCUAUUAGCUUUUCUUUAUUUUUUUAAUUAAGUUUUUGG